AGUUUGUCAAAUAUCAAAUACAAAUCGACAUUCCAAGUUAUUCCUGCUCCGUAUUCGCGAUCCCACUGCACCUCGAGCGAUAGCCCGCCCCCCCGGAGGACAACUCGAGCCAAUUGAUGCGGUGAGAGCUCGUUCAUCGAUAUGUCGACUCUACGAUACACAGCCCGCUGUCUUCGCGACUUACGGCCCGCAGCAAAAACACAAUGGGGCUCGACACUCGUCCUGAGACCCAAGAAACAGAGCUCCCAUAUCUCGAGGACUAUUUCCACCACGUCGCCGAAAGCAGCCGUCACGACUGACAACAACAUCACCCGCGACCCCCCCGCUGGAUUUACAGAGCUCGAGGUAGCCGCUCGACAGCAAGAAGGCACCUCUUUGGUCAGUGCGAAUGCGACCGCCCACACCCCAUUUGCUCGCGCCGUCCCCGUCUCGCCCUCGUACUUCUCUCGACAACCCAUUUUCAACGACAGCUUCGUCGUCGUGCAGGACCUGGCACGGAAGUACGCGCGUCUGCCCAUCCUGCCAAAGGACAAGGUGGCGCUGACGGCAUGGAGGACAAAGGAGCAGUACAGACUGGUCACGGGUGAACAUGUCAAGGGACGAGACUAUGCCGCCUGUCUGAAGCUGGUGAAACGCCUGCAUCAGAUCCACCCGGACCUGGUCCCGGACGAAGUUACCAAGGGUGUGCAGUCGUUCAAGCGUGAUGUCAACCAUUACCUGAACAAGCCGAGCCCAAUUCCCGUCGACAAGUUUGGGCGUUCAUUAGGCGUGGGCAAGAGAAAGAGCUCGGUUGCCAGGGCUUUCGUGGUGGAAGGAACAGGAGAAGUCUUCGUCAACGGAAAGCCAUUGAGCGAAGCUUUUGGACGGCUCCACGAUCGCGAAUCUGCCGUGUGGGCUCUCAAGUCUACGGAACGCCUGGACAAGUACAAUGUCUGGGCAUUAGUGCAAGGCGGUGGCACUACAGGACAAGCCGAGGCCAUGACUCUGGCCGUUGCAAAGGCGCUAUGCGCUCAUGAGCCCGCGUUGAAGAAUCCCUUGAGACGAGCCGGCUGUAUCACCCGUGAUCCAAGAGUGGUGGAAAGAAAGAAGCCAGGUCAUGUCAAGGCCAGAAAGAUGCCCACAUGGGUCAAGAGAUAGUCGGAGCAACCUCGGUCUCACGGCGUACCGACCACGUGUUCAUUGUGUUUGUUCACCCAACGACGCCACACUUGGUGUACCAGCAUUGGCGGAGAUUGCUUUUCUUUGCGCGGUCUUGCUCCAAACUUUCGAGAACAAUCAAUCGAUCAUCAUCAGCCCUACCAUCUUACGAUCCGGGCUUUGGUCAAUAGAGGAAUGUAGAUUUGCAUCCGAAGCCAGGGUGUCUACGUGAGGGAGUUUCAGAGCUUCGCACAAGAGAACAGCCUCACCGGUUUGAUCCGUGCUUGUUAGAGGAAUCGGUUUUCCAGUUGUAUAUUCAUGUAGCAAUAUGUAACGCCAUGUAUCGAAUGAAGAUUAGUGAUCAAACCCUUAUCGACCCCCCCCCCCCC